CGGGGCUGCUAUAAAGUUAAUUUACAUUUGAAAAGUGAGGGGUGCUCCUCUUUUUACGACCUGAUCGGGCCGGUGAUGUUCUUUUUUAACACACAUGAUCAAUUACAUUGUGUAUUGGAUUGAAAUAGCCCUCUUGGAGCAGGCAGCCACCCCCAUCAGUCACGUGGCCAGGGCGCAGCAACGUCAUUAGGCAGAGAUUUGUGAAGAAUAAGCAGACAGAAGGAGCCCGAGGUGCGGCACUUUCUUCGCAUUUACAUCGUCCUUCUUCGGCCAGAGAGAACAGAAUAUCUGUUCAAUAUUUUAGAGACCCAAUGCCUGGUCCCACCCAAGCACUUUCCCCAAAUGGAGAGAAUAACAACGACAUCGUCCAGGACAACGGAUCCAACAUCAUUCCUUACAGAAAAAAUACAGUGCGAGGAGAGCGCGCCUACAGUUGGGGGAUGGCGGUCAACGUUUACUCUACCUCAAUAACCCAGGAGACUAUGAGCAGGCAUGACAUCACUGCCUGGGUCAACGAUAUUCUCUGUCUAAACUACACUAAAGUGGAGCAGCUAUCCUCAGGCGCAGCCUACUGCCAGUUCAUGGAUAUGCUCUUCCCUGGCUGCAUCAGUCUUAAGAAGGUCAAGUUCCAAGCUAAACUGGAACACGAGUACAUUCACAAUUUCAAAUUGUUGCAGGCAUCCUUCAAAAGGAUGAAUGUGGACAAGAUUAUUCCUGUGGAGAAGCUGGUUAAAGGCAGAUUUCAGGACAAUCUUGAUUUCAUCCAGUGGUUCAAGAAGUUCUAUGAUGCUAAUUAUGAUGGUAAGGAGUAUGACCCAGUCCAAGCCAGACAGGGUCAGGAUGCCAUCCCUCCACCAGACCCCGGCGAGCAGAUCUUCAACCUGCCAAAGAAGUCUCACCAUGCAGCCAGCUCCCCUACUGCAGGAGCCUCAAGGGCAAGCUCGACUACACCCAAGUCCUCAACACCGUCAUCCAGACCCUCAUCAGCCAAAAAGAUGCCUGCGACAUCAGCUCCUGCCAAAGGAGAGAAAGAACUGGAAGCACAGGUCACGCAUCUUAACGAGCAGGUGAACACAUUAAAGCUGGCAUUGGAAGGAGUGGAAAAGGAGAGGGACUUCUACUUCAGUAAGCUGCGAGAGGUGGAGCUGCUCUGCCAGGAGCAGGGUGAAGAGAACGCCCCAUUUGUGGAGCGGCUAAUGGAGGUCCUUUACUCCACAGACGAACAGGAGGGAGCCGCAGAGUUGGCCGAGGGAGACGGAGAGGAAGCGGACCAGCAAGCCCAUGAAGAGGCACCAGAUGAUCAGCAGGAACAGGACGAAUACUGACUGCCAUCAUCCCUCACCGCAACUCCAGUACACACCCUUUUUAUUUUGUGAGAACUGUUAAAGGAUUUUAAUUUUUCCUCAUGGUUUCUUUUUUGUUCUCUUCAAGACUGAGCACAUGAAGCAACCGCCUGAGACGAAGCACCAUCAUGUUUUUUUAUCCCUCUGUUCACUAUUCUGUGUUUUUUGUGACUGUUGGUGAAAUGCUGUGGCAGGUUCGCUGUUAUUACCUCCACUAGCAGACAAGCUCAGACCAUCGCAGAAGUUUCCAAGGACUGUGUGGGUGGAAGGUCAAUUCAAAUCCUAGAUGUGAUGAAAUGCUGAAGUUCAGACAGGUAACUUUUACCUGUCAGUGCAAGUGUUAAAUUUCCAGCUUCUGUCCCUUCAUUUUAUGGUUCUUUGUUUUAAAUUUUGGUCUUUUUUUACAAUUUUGCAUAUCAACCAUAUUAAUCAUGAGAAUGCAAUAAGCAAAGCCCUGAAAGGGCCCAUAGUAGCUCUUAUCUAACCUCCUUCCAUAUGUUGCACUGACAUUUGAUCCUGUAUUGGACAAUCUGUCCGUAGACCCUCACCAUAUUUAUUAAGCCUUAGGAGUAGUGUAAGAUUCUGCAUUGCAUCCUCAUGAAGGGAGACAAUACAGUCGAUGAAUUGUGAAUGAAAUGUAGUAGUAUAAUACCAACUAUGACUGUGUUACGACUAUCUUCACAAAUUACAAGACUUCUAAUAAUCAGUGUGCUCAACAAUGUAUUAUUCACACCAUAUGAGGUGGUUUGGUGACAGAGGUUGACUUGAUAUGCCAUAAACGUAAGGAAGGAAGAAACAUUGUGGACUAGUCUUAUUACAAUGAACCAUUUUUUAGUUUUGGGAACCUCGGCAGCAACGUGACACUGUGGUCUGUUCAGAUUUCAAAACGUUUUGUUUCAGAAGAUUUUUGAACCACAGGUCUUAUAGGUAAGAUGUGAGUCAGUUCACUGAGUAAUUUGCCAUGCUAUAUUCCGGUAAAUACAUUGUAUACCCUUUCUUAAUGUUGCAUUUACUAUUAUUGAACUCGGCAGUGCACCAUAAUGCUUUAGUCACAUAUUAUUGUGUAAAUGAAAAGGAAUGUAAACAUGUACUGUCAAUAAUUAUGAAUAGUAAAUGUUUUUUUUCAUGUCCCACUCAUUAUGCAUUCCCCAAAACGUGUUGCAUGUUUGCAUUUUAUUUGUGAAUAACUUGACCUGCUUUUUACAUAUUUAAUAAAAAAACAACAACUAUGUUAAGUGAGCUUUUGUAUGUUUAACCUGCUGUUUGAAAGAUGUUGAGAUUCGGAUGGAUUUGCUGUAAUAAAAUCUUUCACGUUUGAGUCCAAA